AUGGAGCUGUUCGCGGCCUACCAGGACCCCACCAAGCUGCCAGGCAAGCUCAGCUCCCGCCUGGUCAUCGCCCUGACGGAGAUCAGGAACAAGAGUAUCGCGGGCGGCGUCAACAAUUCAGGCUACGAGUUCGGCCCGUUCGGCAUCCCCAACGCUCCGUCCAUCAAGGACCCCGAGGUCCGCAAGCAGAAGCUGAACGCCGAGAUCGCGAACGGCCGAUUGGCGAUGGUGGCGAUUAUGGGCCUCAUGUUCCAGAACGGCACCGUGGGCACCACUGGUCCAGAGAUGUGGCUGGGCGCGAGUGCCUUCGAGAACGAGCUAGGCGUGCAGCCGCCCACGGGAUUUUGGGACCCUGCGGGCUACUGCUCCGACGGAGACGCCCAGGAGUUCUACCGGCGCCGCUGCGUGGAGAUCAAGCAUGGCCGCGUGAGCAUGAUCGCGUGCAUCGGCUACAUCGUGCCCGAGUAUUUCAAGUGGCCCGGCUACCUCAGUCCCUCCGACGGCAUCAAGUUCGCCGACGUCCCCCACGGCCUGGACGCCAUCACGCGGGUGCCCGCCGUGGGUUGGUUCCAGAUCGUGCUCUUUGGCCUGUCUAUGGAGCUGUUCGCGGCCUACCAGGACCCCACCAAGCUGCCAGGCAAGCUCAGCUCCCGCCUGGUCAUCGCCCUGACGGAGAUCAGGAACAAGAGUAUCGCGGGCGGCGUCAACAACUCAGGCUACGAGUUCGGCCCGUUCGGCAUCCCCAACGCUCCGUCCAUCAAGGACCCCGAGGUCCGCAAGCAGAAGCUCAACGCCGAGAUCGCGAACGGCCGAUUGGCGAUGGUGGCGAUCAUGGGCCUCAUGUUCCAGAACGGCACCGUGGGCACCACUGGUCCGGAGAUGUGGCUGGGCGCGAGUGCCUUCGAGAACGAGUUGGGCGUGCAGCCGCCCACUGGAUUCUGGGACCCUGCGGGCUACUGCUCCGACGGAGACGCCCAGGAGUUCUACCGGCGCCGCUGCGUGGAGAUCAAGCAUGGCCGCGUGAGCAUGAUCGCGUGCAUCGGCUACAUAGUGCCUGAGUACUUCAAGUGGCCCGGCUACCUCAGCCCCUCCGACGGCAUCAAGUUCGCCGACGUCCCCCACGGCCUGGACGCCAUCACGCGCGUGCCCGCCGUGGGUUGGUUCCAGAUCGUGCUCUUCGGCCUGUCCAUGGAGCUGUUCGCGGCCUACCAGGACCCCACUAAGCUGCCAGGCAAGCUCAGCUCCCGCCUGGUCAUCGCCCUGACGGAGAUCAGGAACAAGAGUAUCGCGGGCGGCGUCAACAACUCAGGCUACGAGUUCGGCCCGUUCGGCAUCCCCAACGCUCCGUCCAUCAAGGACCCCGAGGUCCGCAAGCAGAAGCUCAACGCCGAGAUCGCGAACGGCCGAUUGGCGAUGGUGGCGAUCAUGGGCCUCAUGUUCCAGAACGGCACCGUGGGCACCACUGGUCCGGAGAUGUGGCUGGGCGCGAGUGCCUUCGAGAACGAGCUGGGCGUGCAGCCGCCCACGGGAUUCUGGGACCCUGCGGGCUACUGCUCCGACGGAGACGCCCAGGAGUUCUACCGGCGCCGCUGCGUGGAGAUCAAGCAUGGCCGCGUGAGCAUGAUCGCGUGCAUCGGCUACAUAGUGCCUGAGUACUUCAAGUGGCCCGGCUACCUCAGCCCUUCCGACGGCAUCAAGUUCGCCGACGUCCCCCACGGCCUGGACGCCAUCACGCGCGUGCCCGCCGUGGGUUGGUUCCAGAUCGUGCUCUUCGGCCUGUCCAUGGAGCUGUUCGCGGCCUACCAGGACCCCACUAAGCUGCCAGGCAAGCUCAGCUCCCGCCUGGUCAUCGCCCUGACGGAGAUCAGGAACAAGAGUAUCGCGGGCGGCGUCAACAACUCAGGCUACGAGUUCGGCCCGUUCGGCAUCCCCAACGCUCCGUCCAUCAAGGACCCCGAGGUCCGCAAGCAGAAGCUCAACGCCGAGAUCGCGAACGGCCGAUUGGCGAUGGUGGCGAUCAUGGGCCUCAUGUUCCAGAACGGCACCGUGGGCACCACUGGUCCGGAGAUGUGGCUGGGCGCGAGUGCCUUCGAGAACGAGCUGGGCGUGCAGCCGCCCACGGGAUUCUGGGACCCUGCGGGCUACUGCUCCGACGGAGACGCCCAGGAGUUCUACCGGCGCCGCUGCGUGGAGAUCAAGCAUGGCCGCGUGAGCAUGAUCGCGUGCAUCGGCUACAUAGUGCCCGAGUACUUCAAGUGGCCCGGCUACCUCAGCCCCUCCGACGGCAUCAAGUUCGCCGACGUCCCCCACGGCCUGGACGCCAUCACGCGCGUGCCCGCCGUGGGUUGGUUCCAGAUCGUGCUCUUUGGCCUGUCCAUGGAGCUGUUCGCGGCCUACCAGGACCCCACCAAGCUGCCGGGCAAGCUCAGCUCCCGCCUGGUCAUCGCCCUGACGGAGAUCAGGAACAAGAGUAUCGCGGGCGGCGUCAACAACUCGGGCUACGAGUUCGGCCCGUUCGGCAUCCCCAACGCUCCGUCCAUCAAGGACCCCGAGGUCCGCAAGCAGAAGCUCAACGCCGAGAUCGCGAACGGCCGAUUGGCGAUGGUGGCGAUCAUGGGCCUCAUGUUCCAGAACGGCACCGUGGGCACCACCGGUCCGGAGAUGUGGCUGGGCGCGAGUGCCUUCGAGAACGAGCUGGGCGUGCAGCCGCCCACGGGAUUCUGGGACCCUGCGGGCUACUGCUCCGACGGAGACGCCCAGGAGUUCUACCGGCGCCGCUGCGUGGAGAUCAAGCAUGGCCGCGUGAGCAUGAUCGCGUGCAUCGGCUACAUAGUGCCUGAGUACUUCAAGUGGCCCGGCUACCUCAGCCCCUCCGACGGCAUCAAGUUCGCCGACGUCCCCCACGGCCUGGACGCCAUCACGCGGGUGCCCGCCGUGGGUUGGUUCCAGAUCGUGCUUUUCGGCCUGUCCAUGGAGCUGUUCGCGGCAUACCAGGACCCCACCAAGCUGCCAGGCAAGCUCAGCUCCCGCCUGGUCAUCGCCCUGACGGAGAUCAGGAACAAGAGUAUCGCGGGCGGCGUCAACAACUCGGGCUACGAGUUCGGCCCGUUCGGCAUCCCCAACGCUCCGUCCAUCAAGGACCCCGAGGUCCGCAAGCAGAAGCUCAACGCCGAGAUCGCGAACGGCCGAUUGGCGAUGGUGGCGAUCAUGGGCCUCAUGUUCCAGAACGGCACCGUGGGCACCACCGGUCCGGAGAUGUGGCUGGGCGCGAGCGCCUUCGAGGCCCGGCGAGCUUGA